GGUUCCUAGCGCCCGGAACCCAGAUACUUUUGUUCUGCUGGGCUCACGGGUGCUCCGGGAGUACCUGCCAGAGUUGGGAGUUGGUGACGGCCGCUUCAUCGACGUGGGGCGGGCAGACGGGAAGCCUGCGGUCGUGGCCCCAGUCUCGGGCGCUCUGGGAGCUCGGGGAACUGCGUAGAAAUGAGCACAGAAGUGGAACAACAGCUUCUCCAUCAUGCCAGAAAUGGCAAUGCUGAAGAAGUAAGAGAACUAUUAGAGUUCAUGGAGAGGAAUGAAAUAAUUGCUGACAUCAAUUGCAAAGGAAGAAGUAAGUCUAAUAUGGGCUGGACACCUCUUCAUCUGGCAUGCUAUUUUGGACAUAGACAAGUGGUCCAGGAUCUGCUAAAGGCUGGUGCAGAAGUGAACGUGCUAAAUGACAUGGGAGACACACCACUUCAUCGAGCUGCCUUUACAGGACGAAAGGAGCUGGUAAUGCUUCUCUUAGAAUAUAAUGCUGAUACUACUGUCGUUAAUGGGAGUGGACAGAAAGCAAAAGAAGUCACUCAUGACAAAGAAAUUAGAGACAUGCUCGAAGCUGUAGAGAGGACGCAACAAAGAAAGCUUGAAGAGUUACUUUUAGCAGCAGCACGAGAAGGAAGAACAGCAGAACUCACAGCUCUGCUUAACAGACCCAAUCCUCCGGAUGUUAACUGUUCGGAUCAGUUAGGAAAUACACCCUUGCAUUGUGCAGCUUACCGGGCCCAUAAGCAGUGUGCCUUAAAGCUUUUAAAAAGUGGAGCAGACUCUAACCUGAAGAACAAAAAUGAUCAGAAACCCCUUGACCUUGCCCAGGGUGCUGAAAUGAAACACAUUAUUAUUGCUAAUAAGGUCAUCUACAAAGCAUUGAAGCGAUAUGAAGGUCCUCUCUGGAAGAGUUCAAGAUUUUUUGGCUGGAGAUUAUUCUGGGUAGUCUUAGAACAUGGAGUCCUUUCGUGGUAUAGGAAACAGCCAGAUGCAGUUCAUAAUGUUUACCGACAGGGAUGCAAACACCUGACACAAGCAGUGUGCACGGUAAAAUCUACUGAUAGCUGCCUCUUCUUUAUUAAAUGCUUUGAUGACACUAUUCAUGGCUUCAGGGUUCCUAAGAACAACCUUCAACAGUCAAGAGAGGACUGGCUGGAAGCAGUAGAAGAGCAUUCUGCUUACAGCACUCACUACUGUUCCCAGGACCAGCUGAUGGACGAUGAGGAGGAAGAUGGAGUUUCUGCGGUGGACUUGAAGGAGUCCUUAGAGAAAGCACAAGCAUGUCAACAGAGACUAGAUAGGGAAAUUUCCAACUUUCUCAAAAUGAUUAAGGAGUGUGACAUGGCUAAAGAAAUGCUUCCAUCAUUUCUACAGAAAGUUGAAGUUGUCUCUGAAGCUUCUAGAGAAACUUGUGUAGCUUUGACUGAUUGCCUUAAUCUCUUCACUAAACAAGAAGGGGUGAGGAAUUUUAAAUUGGAACAGGAGCAAGAAAAAAACAAAAUUUUGUCAGAAGCGCUGGAGACUCUAGCCACUGAACAUCAUGAAUUAGAGCAGUCUCUGGUUAAAGGAUCUCCACCUCUCAGCAUCCUUAGUGAGGAUGAGUUCUAUGAUGCGCUGUCAGAUUCCGAGUCCGAACAGUCUCUGAGUAGAUUGGAAGUAGUGACAGCACGCUCCUUUGAAGAGGAAGGAGAGCAUUCGAGCAGUAGAAGACACAGAAUGUCCGAAGGAAAAGAUUGUGGCGGUGGAGAUGCUCUCUCCAAUGGCAUCAAAAAACACAGAACGAGCUUGCCUUCACCAAUGUUUUCCAGGAAUGACUUCAGUAUCUGGAGCAUCCUCAGGAAGUGUAUUGGAAUGGAACUCUCUAAGAUCACAAUGCCAGUGAUAUUUAAUGAGCCGUUGAGCUUCCUACAGCGACUAACUGAGUAUAUGGAGCAUACUUACCUCAUCCACAAGGCCAGCUCCUUCUCUGAUCCAGUGGAGAGGAUGCAGUGCGUAGCUGCGUUUGCUGUAUCUGCUGUUGCCUCUCAGUGGGAACGGACUGGAAAGCCUUUCAACCCACUCCUGGGAGAGACUUAUGAAUUAGUUCGAGAUGACCUUGGAUUCAGACUCAUCUCCGAACAGGUGAGCCAUCACCCGCCAAUCAGUGCAUUUCAUGCAGAAGGCUUGAACAACGAUUUCAUCUUUCAUGGUUCAAUCUAUCCUAAACUGAAGUUCUGGGGGAAGAGUGUAGAAGCAGAACCCAAAGGAACCAUCACCUUGGAGCUCCUUGAACACAAUGAAGCCUAUACGUGGACAAACCCUACCUGCUGUGUGCAUAAUAUCAUUGUGGGCAAACUCUGGAUUGAGCAGUAUGGCAACGUGGAAAUCACAAAUCACAAAACUGGGGACAAAUGUGUGUUGAAUUUUAAGCCAUGUGGCCUCUUCGGGAAGGAAUUACACAAAGUUGAAGGCUACAUUCAAGAUAAAAGCAAAAAGAAGCUCUGUGCCCUCUAUGGGAAGUGGACUGAAUGUUUAUACAGUGUUGACCCCGCCACUUUCGAUGCUUACAAAAAAAAUGAUAAGAAAAAUACUGAAGAGAGGAAGAACAGCAAACAGAUGACCUCUGAAGAGUCUGAUGAGAUGCCGAUGCCAGAUUCUGAAAGUGUGUUUGUCAUCCCUGGUAGUGUCCUCCUGUGGCGAAUAGCCCCACGACCCCCAAAUUCUGCCCAGAUGUAUAAUUUCACUAGCUUUGCAAUGGUUCUGAAUGAAGUUGACAAGGACAUGGAAAGCGUGAUUCCUAAGACAGACUGCAGGUUACGGCCUGAUAUCAGAGCCAUGGAGAAUGGAGAAAUAGAUCAAGCUAGUGAAGAAAAAAAACGACUUGAGGAAAAACAAAGAACAGCUCGAAAAAACAGGUCCAAGUCGGAAGAGGACUGGAAGACAAGGUGGUUUCAUCAAGGUCCUAAUCCCUAUAAUGGCGCGCAGGAUUGGAUUUAUUCCGGCAGCUACUGGGACAGAAACUACUUCAAUUUGCCUGACAUUUAUUAAAAUGCAGACAAGUCAGGGUGUUUGGCUAAUCUACGAAUAAGUCUUAAAUCUAUGUUUUUAAAUUUUUUUUCUUUGUUUCUACUCAUGUUUUAAAAAGGAAAAAAAAAACCCACUCAUAACUUGCAUUUCACCCAACAAAAGGAUAAGGUGAUGUUGGUCAUGAAAGUCUUGGGAAAAAUGUGUAAUUUUGCUAUCCAAACAUACUUAUUUGGAAUACUAUUUUAUAUAGAAGAGAAACUGUUGGAGAAUAUGCUUUUUAUGGUUGUUCUUGCUGUAUUUACUGAGAGUUUGUAUCUUAAUGCAACUUUAGCUUUAUGGAAUUAUGUAGUAAUCCCAAAUCAAGUUAUUCUGAAUAUUUUUAUGCCGUCAUGCUUGAAUGUUUUAGAUGUAACUUUGAAAUAUUUAAAAGUCUCCUCUACAAUGUUUGUGUGCAUAAAUGUAGAGGUUAUGCCGUUUUGUAAAGUCUACAUGGAUAAGAUGGCUGUUAUUCACACUAAUCCUCUCAAUCCCUCCCCACUUCUAAACACAAAAUUGCCUGAAGACUCAGAAUAAGUAUACCUGAUUUGAAAAUUCUAAAGAAUUCAACUGGAAAAGGUAUUUUACUUACUUAGUGUUCUGAAUUUACUUUUACAAUUUUCUGUAAUCAGCAUUAGAGUUAAACUGUCUAAAUUGUACAUAUGAACUGAAAAUAUGUAUAAAAUCUAGCAGUUUGCAAAAACGUCCUAGAAAUAUAGAUUUUAAUCACUAUAUCACAUAAUGACAAACCUUUUUAAAUGCUUCAACUUUCAGUGGCUAAUACCACCCGAGAAAUUAAGUUGGACUCAUGUAUGUAUUAUAAAUAUCAAACUAUAUAAAAGGAGGUCUUGUGCAUUUCAAAUCUGCAAGGCACCUGUGUACUUAAAAUAUGUAUGGAGACCUACUGUACAGUAGCUUUGCCCCUUUCAUUGGGGUACAUUAAUCUUACGGUAUUUAUCCAUCCAAACCCCAAACCUGAGAUGUUGUUCUAAGGGGCCUUAGAUAGCUGCCAGUAAAUUAUUUUAAUUGCUGUCAUAAAAUUAACAAGUGUUAUAAUUAAUCUACCUGAUGCUAAAUAAAGGCUUUAGAAUGUUCUAA